AUGUCUACCGUAUUAUUUACCAAAAUCUAUAAUUUCCUAACAACUGCUGAAGAAGGAGAUAUAACAGCGGGUUCCGUUAUUUAUUUAGCAAUGAAAGAGAAUCCGUGGGCGAGCGAAGGUGAAUUAAGAAGUCUUAUAGAACAAGCUGUAGCAUCCGCUAAUAUUAAUUAUAACAGAGCUUCCUCACGUUAUGUGACUCUACUUGAAAUUAUCUCAGAAUUUAAAGUCUCUUACAAAAUCGUUCAUAGUUUGAAAAAUAUCGGAGCAGUAACAAUAGAUGAGGAAAUCCUUAAUUCAGAAGAAAUCUCGGAAAAUAUAAUUAAGUUGAAGAGAAAAUUGAAAAAAGACACAUCGGCGCUAUCUUUGGAAUUGUAUAGGAGAAUUGGGGAGGUCACAGUUUCAGAACUUCCUUGGAAUGACCCUCUGGCAAAUCAAAUUAUUAGUGAUGAUUCAGAUAUUAUACGUCUCUUGCCAGAUGAAUUGCGAAAUAUAUUUAUGGAACCGCUUCAGCGUAUGACGCCCUCCCUUCCAUCAAUAGUGCAGAGGAAAUGUAAUGAAUUUGUGCAAAAUUUUACCGAUGAUAUUGGAUUCAGAUUACCACAAAAGCUUUUACACGAUGGGAUGUGGAAGGAAACAAAUGAAGAACUUGCCAACGUUGCUGAAAGGAUUCUAGAUACAUUGCACGAUGCUUGGAUAAACCCUGCAUUUAGGUCCAAUUUUGUAGAAAAAUUAAAUGAAGGUACUUAUGUUACUAAUAUAAUCUUGCCUGCAAUUCGUGCCUCGUUAAAAGGUCUUCCUUUAUGGAGAUCUUCAUUUCUUAGCAAUUUUGAACGACAGAGUAGUGCCAGUGCAGAUAGGAGAGGGGGUGGCCGAUCAGGAAAGCGACCCGAUAUUAUGUUCGUAAUAAGACAUAGGGAUAAAGACUAUGAAUUGGUCUACACUGAAUGCUCACGUUUAUCGUGUACAGCGCAAAAAGAAAGUGAUGAUGGGGUAAAACUAUGGAGAGAGGCAAACGAUGGCAUGUUUUGGGUCCGCAAAACUUGUAAACCUAUCAAGAAUGAAUUUGGAAUAAUUGGAGUACAAAUAGCGGGAAGAAAAAUAUAUUUAAAUGUUCUUAUUAGGGAUUUACAUGAUGUGCAUCGCUAUUACCAUCUCCAUGAAGCAGAAAUACCAGUCCAACAUUCGACUUCAUCUAUGGUAGCAAACUUUGUGGAAUCUUUAUUAAUUUUAUGGAAUAUUCUGUUAGUUAAUAUUAACGCGGAAAAGAAACUCAAUGCAUUAUGA